AUGUCAUUGGGAGGAAAUGGAGGGAGUGCAAAUAUAUUGUGUUAACAAACUUUUCUCUGUAAUAAUGAAGUGUAACACAAACAUAAUUUUGCCAAUUGAGACAUAUACGGAUCACCCCCAAAGCUUGUAAUCAGUAAGAAACAAGAAAAAGUAAAUCCAAAUUUUCCUUUUUACUAAUUCUAAGUAAAAAAAAAAAAAGGCAAAGGCAAAAAAAAAGAAAGAGAAAUGAGUAGUGCAGAAUCAGAACUUCUUACCAUCAAUCCUCUUGAGCUCAAAUUUGCAUUUGAGCUGAAGAAACAGAUAUCAUGUUCCCUUCAAUUAUCAAAUAAAACUGAAAAUCAUGUUGCCUUUAAGGUUAAAACUACGAAUCCGAAAAAAUAUUGUGUUCGUCCGAAUACAGGCAUUGUUUCGCCUCGAUCCACGUGUGAUGUCGUCGUAACGAUGCAAGCACAGAAGGAGGCUCCAGCUGACAUGCAAUGCAAGGACAAGUUUCUACUUCAGAGCGUCGUUGCAAGUGCUGUUACCAGUCCGAAAGACAUCACCCAAGAAAUGUUCAAUAAGGAGCCUGGACGCGUUGUGGAAGAGUGCAAAUUGAGAGUGGUUUAUCUUCCUCCGCCACAACCACCAUCUCCAGUGGCCGAAGGAUCAGAAGAAGGUUCUUCACCGAGACAGUCCUCGACAGAGAACGAUACUCAAAAUGGUUCCGAGCUCAUGAGAACAUUCCUUGAAACUCCUGACAAAUCUUCAGAGGCAAAGUCGGCUAUUUACAGAUUGACGGAGGAGAAAGCUGGUGCUCUACAUCAGAGCAACAGACUUCGUCAAGAAUUGGAACUUCUGAGGCGCGAUAUCAGCAAAAGUCGCAGCAGUGGUGGUGUUUCCUUCACGUUUGUCAUCGUCGUCGGCUUGAUUGGUGUAGCUUUGGGCUACUAUCUCAAAAGUACAUGAACAAUCAAUCAAAGAUAUUCAACUAAACUAGUUGUUUCUCAACCUCAUAGAAGCAUAGAAGAGAAAAAAGAGGCUAGCCAAGUGACAAACAAUAGUGAUUGUCUUAGUUUUAGUUGCACUCUUUAGUAACCAAAGGAUUAUGGAUGAUAAUUCUAGCUUGAAUUUUUUUAUUUU